AGAAAGGGUGGUUUGAUUUCUUUCCUUUUUCUUCUUCACUUCUCUUUUCUUGCGGUCUAUUGGUAAGUAUCUUUCCCACUUUCAUGCUCUUUUCUCAGUUCAUAAUCUUUACCUUCUUAAUGUACAUUUCUUUGCUUUGCUCAAGGUUUAUCUUGCUUUGAGGGUAAUUCCAAAGCUUCAAUUUCUCCUCAUUUCUUCAGCUGAAAUCAAUUCCUCAUCCCUCUGAUUCUUCUUGAACUUUUUUUUCUCUAAAAUCUUUCCGGCAUUAAUCAUUGCAACUUAAAGUUUAAUCAUUUUUCCUUCUUUGUAUUUCGAAAAUUUUGAUUUGUUUUCCCUCCUGGGCUUUUCUUCUUCCUCCUUGGAUUUUCAUUGGAAUUCAACUUACAUGGGAAACUUGCUGUUUUCUCCUUGUGGAUUUUGUUGAUCAAUCUUAAAAAUCUCAUCUUAAUUGGUUUUUGAUACCAAGAUUUGUACUUUUCAAGUAUUUUUUAUAAUAGUUUUCUGCAUUAUAAACUUUCUUGAAAUCCAAAUUCCCUGGAAAUAUUUAUAUUUCUUCUUCAAAUCGUAUAGUUUCCUCUGUACUUCAGUACUUCUUACUUUUCCAUUUUUAUUUAUUUAUUUAUUUUUACUUAUUUUCUUGAAUUUGCUGGCAAUUGGGUUCUUAAUCCAUGGGACUUUGUCAUGGAAAACCCAUUGAGCCCCCGCAAAACCUAUCUGAAAAUCCAAUAAUCUCAGGUGAAAACCAUGAAUAUGCAUUCAAUUCUUCUACUGGGAAAACCCCAAAGUUUCCAUUUUAUAGCCCAAGUCCACUGCAUAGUGCAUUCAAGAACUCCCCUGCAAACUCUAGCAGUGUCACUUCAACUCCUUUGCGCUUCCUUAAGCGCCCAUUUCCACCGCCAUCUCCAGCUAAGCAUAUUAAGGCUCUGCUUGCAAGGAGGCAUGGCUCUGUGAAGCCUAAUGAGGCCACUAUACCUGAAGGGAGUGAAUGUGAGAUCAUUGGACUGGAUAAGAAUUUCUGUUUCUCGAAGAAUUUCACAAACCACUAUGAGGUUGGGGAAGAGGUUGGAAGGGGGCACUUUGGGUACACUUGUUUGGCGAAAGGAAAGAAAGGGAGCUUGAAGGGCCUGGAUGUGGCUGUUAAAGUUAUCCCAAAAUCUAAGAUGACUACUGCGAUUGCAAUAGAGGACGUCAGAAGGGAAGUGAAGAUAUUGCGUGCUCUCACGGGACAUAAAAACUUGGUGCAAUUCUACGAUGCCUAUGAGGAUGAAGACAAUGUCUAUGUAGUGAUGGAGUUAUGUAAAGGAGGAGAAUUAUUAGAUAGGAUACUUUCUAGGGGUGGCAAAUACUCCGAAGAAGAUGCCAAAGCUGUCAUGGUACAGAUUCUAAAUGUAGUUGCUUAUUGUCACCUGCAAGGUGUGGUUCACCGUGAUUUAAAACCUGAGAAUUUUCUCUUCGCUUCGAAGGAUGAGAAUUCCUCGCUGAAGGCCAUUGACUUUGGACUUUCUGAUUACGUGAAGCCAGAUGAAAGGCUGAACGAUAUUGUUGGAAGUGCAUACUAUGUAGCUCCUGAAGUUUUACAUAGGUCUUAUGGAACCGAAGCGGACAUGUGGAGUAUUGGUGUGAUUGCUUAUAUUCUUCUUUGUGGAAGCAGACCCUUCUGGGCUCGGACUGAAUCUGGAAUCUUUCGAGCUGUCCUGAAGGCUGAUCCAAGCUUUUAUGAAGCCCCAUGGCCUUCCUUGUCUUCUGAUGCUGUAGACUUUGUGAAGAGGUUAUUGAACAAGGAUUAUCGUAAAAGGCUUACACCAGCUCAGGCACUUAGUCAUCCGUGGCUGGCUGGUCAUCAUGAAGUCAAGAUACAGCUGGAUAUGAUAACGUAUAAGCUUGUAAAAGCUUAUAUAUGUUCUUCCUCUCUGAGGAAAGAAGCUUUGGGGGCUCUUGCAAAAACAUUGACAAUACCACAGUUAGCCUAUCUCCAAGAGCAGUUCACAUUGUUAGGGCCAAACAGAAGCGGAUUUGUAUCCCUACAGAAUUUCAAAAUGCAGGCUGUGGGAAAAUACUCCACCGAUGCAAUGAAGGAUUCACGGGUUCUAGAUUAUGUCCAUGUGGUGAGUUCUCUGCAAUACCAAAAAUUAGACUUUGAAGAAUUCUGUGCAUCUGCAAUAAGCGUACAUCAGCUGGAAGGAAUGGAAAGCUGGGAGCAACAUGCGCGUCAUGCAUAUGAGUUUUUUGAGAAGGAUGGAAACCGGCCAAUUAUGAUAGAGGAACUUGCUUCAGAGCUUGGACUUAGUCCAUCUGUUCCUGUUCACGUAGUUCUUAAGGAUUGGAUAAGACAUUCAGAUGGGAAGCUCAGCUUCUUAGGGUUCGUCAGACUUCUACAUGGAGUUUCUUCCCGUGCAUUUCAGAAGGCUUGAGAUAUGAUUGAACUACAAAUUCAUUCUCACUGCAUAUUAUUGCUGUUGGACUGUGUUGAAAGGGGUUAAGGUUGUCCAUACCAAUCCCAAGGAAGCAUGAAAAGCACAUUAAAUGCACAGAAGGUUCCUGCAAGUUGAAGCUGUUGUCAUCCCGACCAAUCCCAAGGAAGCAUGAAAAGCACGUUAAAUGCACAGAAGGUUCCUGCAAGUUGAAGCUGUUGUCAUUCGUACAAAAUUCGCUUUCGUAUGUAUUCACUUCCAUUUCCUGUUUCCCCCGGUAUUUUGUGCUACUGGAAAUUAGAGGACUGUACAUUUGAGAGUAGAUUAAAAAUGUAUUUAGCACUAGAAAACAGCUUGAAGGUGAGACGAGUUGUCUUUGGUUUGUCCCUUGUAUACCCUGUGCAAUUAGCUUCUUAAUC